GAGCGAACCACGGCUCUCAAUUCAUCUCUUCAGGUAUCAUCUCGCUCUAUUCAUACUCUACCUAGAGGCGCAAACUACCAGUUAACGAUAUCCACCCCUUAAUACUUGCGCCGCGCGCGGAAACACAUCAUAAUUCUGCAACACACUUUCCUACCCGCCUACUUAUUUAGAAUUUAGGCCAAUCCGGCGAUGGACCCCGACAGCUCAGACCUGCUCGCGAUGCAGCUCUCCUCCUCCUCCUCCUCCUCCGACACCGACGCCGGCGGCAGCGCGCGAGACGAGCGCACGGCGCAGUCGGAGGCCGAGUUCCAGGCGGUGCGGCGGGCGUACCGGGCCAAAGUCGAGAACGGCGAGAUCCACCGCACGGCGCUCUCGCCGCUCUCGUCGCGCUCGCCCCGCGUGCCCAAGCCCGCCGCGCAGGCCCUCCUGCACGCCGUCGAGGAGCUCUACUUCUUCCGGCGGUACGCGGCGGCGGCGCAGUUCGCGCGGGCGGCCCUCGCUGCGGCGGAGCGCGGCGACGACGGCCACCGAGAGGCGGCCCUGGACGGCGACACCCGCGCCGCGCUGCGCUACUACGAGGUGCGGUGCCGCGAGAGGGCCGACGCCGCCGCCGCCGCUGCUGCUGCUGCUGCUACUCUGGAGGGACGGGCCGUAGGUGGAAAGUGACACACAAUAUACCUAGGGAGAGUAGGGGGGCCACGGAGCGGGAGCGGGUCGAGUACCGGGUAGCUAGGCGAAGCGCGAGAGCGCACAGAUAGAUAGAGGCGGGAGCCCGUGGCAGUUUCUCCUCCUCGGAUACGUACGUGGGUUAGGAUGACGGAUGCCCCAACGGGCGCUGUACCUACGUGGCAACGGCCCCUCUAGCGUGGGGUACAAGUCUCACGUCAACGAGAUCGGUGACACCGUAGAACCACA